AUUGCCAGGCAGGAGAGGAGCAGAGGCUCGGCACCAACUCAUCUCCCCUCGGCUCGGAGACCCCGCGGGGCUAUCGCCUCCCGGACACCCCUCGGACGGCCGCACCGCCCGGAUCGGUAAGGAGGGGGGACUGGUGGAGAGAGCAGAGCCCCAACGGCCACGCACCAAACUGGGAAUAGUUGGGAGAGCGAGCAGCCAACACAACAGCGAUAGGAUGAAGCUGAGCUCGACUCUCCCGGGGAUCGUCCUGUUGGCCAGUUUGCUCCAACUGGCCUGCCCUUUGAACCCCAGUGACCCCAACGUGUGCAGCCACUGGGAGAGCUUCUCCGUCACCAAGCAGGAAUCCUACGUGACGCGACGCCAUGAGCCUUACCAGGGGCCCUGCCACCCCUCCAGGGACCACAUCACCUGCACCAGCCACAGAAUCACCUAUCGUGUAGCCUACCGUGUUGGGGUGGAGACUGAGUACCGCAAGCGAGCACACUGCUGCCAGGGAUACUACGAGAGCCGGGGCAUCUGCGUGCCUCGGUGUACCCAGGAGUGUGUGCACGGCCGGUGCGUUGGACCCGAUACCUGCCAAUGUGAGCCUGGUUGGCGAGGUUCGGACUGCUCCAGCGCUUGCUCGGACUUGCACUGGGGGUAUAACUGCAGUCGGCAGUGUGCCUGCACCAAUGGUGGGCACUGCCACCCUGACACCGGGCGCUGUUCCUGUGCCGCCGGCUUCACCGGCUGGGCCUGCGAGGAGCCGUGCCCACCGGGGGGCUACGGGCCGAACUGCCAGCAGAGCUGCCGGUGCCAGAACGGGGCCAGGUGUGACCACAUCUCCGGGGAGUGCCACUGCGCCGUGGGAACCACUGGCGGCCUCUGUGAGCACCGCUGCCCAGAGUCAGAAGCGGAGGAAACAUGCAGCCCUCGAUGCCCGUGUCAAAAUGGUGGCAGCUGUCACCCUGUGGGGGGCCUGUGCCUCUGCCCCGCAGGCUGGAUGGGGUCGGUGUGCACUCUGCCCUGUCCCCGGGAUCGAUUCGGGGUGAACUGCAGCCAGCAGUGCCACUGCCACAAUGGGGGUGUGUGUGAUCCCAGCACAGGAGGAUGCCAGUGCAGCGCCGGGUACACAGGAGCGAGGUGCCAAGAGGAAUGCCCAAUCGGGAAGUUCGGCCUGAACUGCACACAAACCUGCGACUGCCUGAACAACGCCAAGUGUAUGCCUGACGGGGCAUGCCUGUGCCAGUCUGGAUACCAGGGCAGCCGCUGCGAGGCUAGGCUGUGCCAGGAGGGACUGUUUGGCCAUGACUGUGACAUGCAGUGCCCCUGUCACCCAGUGCACACUCAGAGCUGCCACCCAGUGAUGGGGGAGUGUACCUGCAAAGCGGGCUGGUCUGGGAGAACCUGCAACCAGAGCUGCCAACCUGGCUUCUACGGGGCCGGGUGUCUCAACACUUGCCUGUGCCUGAAUGGAGGGAGAUGCGACGCAGAGACGGGGCGCUGUAGCUGUGCCCCGGGAUACAUGGAUGAACACUGCUCUGUCCCGUGCCCUGCCUGGAGUCACGGUCUAAAUUGUUCUUUGCCCUGCCGGUGUCAGCACGCCGUCUCCUGCUCACCUGUCGAUGGGCUCUGUCAGUGUGACACAGGAUGGACCGGAUCGGACUGUUCGCUUCCCUGUCAGGAUGGACGGUGGGGCUACGGCUGUAAUGGCACCUGUCAGUGCGCCAACACAGCCCCAUGCAGCCCCUUUAAUGGCACCUGCUCCUGUCCACCAGGGUGGCAGGGUCCAAAAUGUGAUCAACCAUGCCGGGAGCGUCUCUAUGGCCCACGCUGCAGCAAACACUGCGACUGUGACAAGGCCGAGCGGUGCGAUCCCAUCUCUGGUCUCUGUUCCUGUGUCCCAGGCUGGACAGGUCUACGUUGCGAUCACCCCUGCAAGCCCAACCGCUGGGGUCACAACUGCGCCAUGUGGUGUCGCUGCCCGAACGGAGUGAGGUGCCUCCCAGAGAAUGGCACCUGCCUGUGCGCCCCAGGAUACAUGGGCACGAGCUGCCGACACCUUUGUCCGCCUGGGUUUUGGGGACCCAACUGUAUUCAUCGGUGUGCCUGUGAGGACGGAGUGACCUGUAGCCCAGUGACUGGCAGGUGCCAGUGCGCCCUGGGCAGGGCUGGCACACACUGCGCACAGCAGUGCCCAGCCAGGAGCUUUGGCCAGAGCUGUCCUCAGUCAUGUGACUGUCCCCACAACACGACCUGUGAUCAUGUGACAGGAAGUUGCACAGAGAUUGUACCGACCAAGUUUUUGCCUGCUCCACACACGGACGGACUCUCUCUCGGGGUGAUUAUUGGGAUCAUUGUGCUCCUGGCAGUGGUGAUCAUUCUCCUCGUCCUCUUCAUCUUCCUCCGCUACAAACACAGCAGCAAAGCCAACAGAAUUCCUGCUGUAACUUACACGUCAGCUUCAGGCAUAUCAAGCGGAGAGUAUGCAGUGCCAGAUGUGCCGCAAAGUUACGUCCAUUAUUACGCCAACCCCAGUUACCACACGCUGUCCCAUUACAGGCCGAGCCCACCUCCUCCACCCCACCUGCCCAACAACCAUGACAGGAUCAGCUCCAUCAAGACCACCAACAAUCAGCUUUUUGCCAAGAAGAAGAACCUUGAAAAGGAGAGGUCAGGAGCCGGAGGCCUGGAGAACAACGCGACCUUACCAGCUGACUGGAAACACGGCCCCAAGCACAAGGGAAAAGGUGCCUGUGGAAUAGACAGAAGUUAUAGUUACAGCAACAGUCUGGGGAAAUACUAUAACACAGAUGACCUCAAAGGCUCGGCCUGUACCUCCAGCACCUGCUCGGUCAGCAGCGGGGAGAAUCCCUACGCCACCAUACGUGACCUGCCCGGGCUCGGUGGCAAACACGGCGAGAGCAGCUACAUGGAGAUGACGGCGCCGGUCGGCGGGCAGGAUGCCUCCUACGCCGAGAUUGGGCUCUUCGUCGAGUCGGGAAAGGGGCAGCCGGAGGGAGAAUUUUGUAUCCGUCCAGGGAGCGGCGCCCGCGGCACAAGCGGCGAGAUGGAACGGGCCCCUCAGGAUCCUCCGAGCCACUACGACUCCCCCAAGAACAGCCACAUCCCCAGCCACUACGACCUGCCUCCGGUGCGACACUACCCCCCCUCCCCCACGUUCCCACGGCAACAACACCGCUAAACCGUGACCCGGGGUCG